AUGGAACUACAUAGAAGACUAAAUGAGGAAAAAGAAGCCCAAGUUUUCCUAAAACACCAAUCUGAAGAAAAAAUCUCUGCCCUUCAAGUGGAAAUAUCGUGGCUCAAGUUACAGGUUCCUCAGGUGACACCCAGAAUAUCAACGCCAAUUGAAACUCUUGCUUUACCCCCUCAAAGUCAAGACACAAUGACAAGAGUUCCCAUAUCCAGAUCAUCUUUUACACAAACGAGAAGGUCUGUUGUGAAACAAUUCAUCAGGGAUUAUCAAAACAAAAUAAAAUCAGCGAUCGUUCCAACAGCUGCUUUAUUUUUGGAUGAAGAGCUUGCACAAAUAAAAUCUCACAUACAAGACUAUAUUGAUGACAUCAAAAAAACUGAGCUAAAACUGUUUCAAAGACGUCUGCGUGCUGGCGAGAUCAACCUUAUGCCACUUGAUAUUCAGCAAAAAACUUAUGAAUCAAUUUUAUCUAAAAUGGAAGAACUUAUUUUAGAAAAGAAAAAAAAUCAAUCACCUUAUAGAACAUAG